GGACACUGCUUUCGCUUUGCCGGGUAGAUUAAACGGAGAACUGUGCAUAUAGCGUAAGGAAGAUGUGAAGCAGACAGUAGUUUUACGCUGAUGUGUCUGUACAAAUAACGUGCCCAAACAAAUUUAAUAGUCACAGAGAGAGACAACGAAAGGCAUUCACUAUUUCUCUGAGAUGCUUUAUCGUAAAAUAUUAUGUACAACAUUGCCCCAAUUAGUUGUUGAUGCAGUCACCGGUGUGUUGGUACUAAAAGUAGAUAUGCUUCUGUAAAUGUAGUGAAACUCAUUUGUUGUAUUAAACUGAAAUCUCCAACUACAUCGAUGUUCUUCGCCUGUGUGUCCAAGGGUUUAGUUUUCGUGUGAAACGUCGACAAUAGCUAAACAUGUAUGACUUGUACAAGAUUUUGAAUAGGGGGAUAUUUGCAGUUAAUAAAAUAAAAUAUUUCACUUCAGCAGAAGUUGUUGAACAGCUAAAGGAGACCAUACGUAGGGGUGUUCAUGAAAGAUAUUUGCCAGACCCAUUCAAAGUAGGUCAUGGUGGUACUUUAGAUGAUACAGCAACCGGAGUUUUAGUUGUAGGUGUUGGUGAGGGCUGUCAGCUUUUAGCACGAUUUCUACAUGGAAACAAAAAAUAUGUAGUAACAGGAUGUUUGGGUUCUGAAACAACUACAUAUAACGAGACUGGAAUUCAUGUCAAUUCUGCACCUUACGAUCACAUAUCAAAAGAGUCAUUAGAGGAAGCUUUGAUGUCAUUUAGAGGAAAAAUAUUGCAGACACCUCCAAAAUAUUCUGCGCUAAAGAUGGGUGGAAGAAGAAUAGCUGAUCUGACAAGAUCUGGUAUCAACGUGGAAAUGAAACCACGACACGUUAUGUGCUACAAUGUGAAGUGCACAGAUUUCAACCCGCCAUUUUUUAAACUUGCUUUGUCUUGUGGACCUGGCUUUUAUGUACGAAGUUUGGUUCAUGACUUAGGACUUGCCCUGAAGAGCUACGCAUAUGUAACUGAAUUACGGAGAAUACAGCAUGGACCAUUUACGGAGGAUGACAUGCUUGAACCUGAGAAGUGGACUAUAGAAGAUAUCGUGUGUGCUAUUCAACAAGCAUCUGAGAAGUAUGCAGAAUUCUUACAGAAUUUAAAAAAUGGAGCAAUGGCCGGUUAAGAGAGAAAUUCAUAAAAUGCUUUGAUGUAAGGAAAAGGACGUAACUCCAAGGUGUGAAAGAAGAAAAUUCCACUGACACUGUAAAUAAAAAUAAUUUUAUCUUAUAUUUCCAUCAGUAUUAACAUAAAAGUAACUGAAUAACAGGAAAUCCAAUGGAA